AUGUUGUUCCGCUCUGUCCGUACCGUUCUUGUUCCUCGAGUCCUUCUUCUUCAUUGUAAUAAUACUAUUACUGCUCCCAAGACCGUGAUUUUCGGUUGUGUUAAAUCAUCCAACUUGCGCUAUUUCUCUAAUACUACUGCUGCUCCCAAGACCGUGAUUUUCGACUGUGUUAAAUCAUCCAACGUGCGCUAUUUCUCUUCUGGUGACAAGCCAGCACCCAAACCAUCAGAUGUUGAGGAAAAAAACAUAAGCUCGGUGGUGAAGAACUUAUCCUUGUUUAGCAACUUUGAACAAUGGAAGAAUAAGUUUCUUCAACAAGGAGAAAAAGAAUAUUGCACUGUGGAUGCAGUUGAAAAUACUAGUCCUGUUGAAAACACAAGUCCUCCUUCUGCUAUUGAUUUGGCUCUUAACUCGGUCGUUAAGGUCUUCACCGUCUCUAGCAAGCCUAGACUUUUUCAACCUUGGCAGAUUAGUAUGCAAAAUGAAUGCUCUGGCUCUGGAUUUGUAAUCUCGGGAAAGAAUAUUAUAACGAAUGCUCAUGUGGUGGCUAAUCAUACAUCCGUUAAAGUAAGAAAGCAUGGUUCAACCACAAAGUACAAAGCAAAAGUUCGAGCGAUUGGGCAUGAAUGUGAUUUGGCCAUCUUAGAGAUCGAUAGCGAUGAGUUUUGGGAGGGUAUGAACUUCUUGGAGCUUGGAGACAUACCCUCGCUUCAGGAUGCUGUGGCCGUUGUUGGCUAUCCUUGCGGUGGUGACAGUAUAUCCGUUACAAAGGGUGUUGUGUCUAGAGUUGAAACGAUAGAAUACAGUCACAGCUCCACGGAACUACUAGCAAUACAAAUAGAUGCAGCUAUCAACUCUGGAAACAGUGGUGGUCCGGUAAUCAUGGGAAACAAAGUUGCUGGUGUAGCAUUUAAAACUAUGUUUUGCUACAUAAUUCCAACUCCAGUAAUUAAGCAUUUCUUAAGUGGUGUUGAAGAAAGUGGUCAACCUAUUAGUUUUUGCUCAAUGGAUCUAUCAUAUCAGACUAUGGAGAGUGCCCAACUUCGUGCCUACUUUAAGAUGAGCAAGGAAAUGACAGGAUGUCUUGUAAACCAAAUAAACCCGUUGUCGGAUGCUCACAAAUUUCUGAAAAAAUUUGAUGUCAUUCUUUCGAUUGAUGGAGUUCCUAUAGGAAAUGAUGGUACAGUUCCUUUUCGUAAACAGGAACGAAUAACUUUCAGGCAUCUGGUGUCUAUGAAGAAGCCAUGUGAAACUGCCUUAUUCAAAGUCCUAAGAGAGGGAAAAGAGUAUGAGUUCAAUAUCAGUCUAAAACCGGUGCAACCACUAGUUCCAAUGCAUCACUUUGACAAGCCUCGAAGUUAUUAUAUAUUCGGGGGUUUUGUUUUCGUACCUCUAUCCCAACCAUACAUUAAUAGCUCUUGGAUUUGCGAGAGUCAUUCCGAUAAGAUGCCCAAAAAACCCGGUCAACAGAUCGUAAUAAUUUCUCAGAUCUUAGAGGAUGACUUCAAUACAGGAUACUCUGAUUUUGAAGACUUUCAGGUGAAGAAAGUGAAUGGAGUGGAAGUGGAUAAUCUGACGCAUCUAUGUCAUCUCAUAGAGGAAUGUUCCACGGGGUUUUUAUCGCUGGAACUAGAAAAAGAUAAGGUUCUCGCUCUCAAUUGUACAUCGGCCAAAAAAGCAACUGCUAGGAUCAUGAAAGAUCUCAAAAUACCGUCGGCUAUGUCUGAGGACCUUCGUCCUAGACAGCUGAAUAGUGGCCGCACGCGAAUGGCUCCUCGGCGUAGCAAGAAAAAUUAA